CCUAUCGGCGCGCGCAACACCCCUCCGACACCGCGCGCUGAAGUUAUCCACUUCAGCAACUCCCAACCCCGACUUUGUCAUCCAAAACUAUCAGACCUUUUAAGAAAACACUGCAAAGAAUUAAGUAACCUUUGUUGACUCGAAAGCGUUUGGAGUACCCCUCCCUGGCGCGCGCUGCUGCUUGUUCUUGCGGUAGUUAUUUUGCUCAUGACCCCCUCCGCUCCAAACGACUCUGUUUAUCUCUGUUUGAUUUUUGGAGGUUUCACAUCACCGCCAUAGUGUGGCUGGAUAACUUUUUUAUUUUUUUUAUUUCCCCCUUUGGAAACAGGACUUAAGUGAAUUUUAUUAAUUAAGGAAACAUUCAUCAACAAGUCUGGACUUCCUUCCGCAGUUUAAACAUACUGUGCCUCGUCAUUUAUUAAAAGUAGAAUGUCAUCUUUACCGGGAACAGUACCGAGGAUGAUGCGACCGGCUCCAGGACAGAACUAUCCCCGCACUGGAUUCCCCUUGGAAGGUUGGUUGGACAGUUGUUAGUUUCAACUCCUCUGGGUCAAGGGCGAGUGAAUCAGCUUGGCGGAGUGUUCAUCAAUGGCAGGCCUUUGCCAAAUCAUAUACGCCACAAAAUAGUUGAAAUGGCUCACCACGGCAUCCGUCCCUGCGUGAUCUCCAGACAACUUCGCGUUUCCCACGGCUGUGUGUCCAAAAUCCUCUGCCGUUAUCAAGAAACUGGCACGAUCCGUCCUGGAGCAAUAGGAGGAAGUAAACCCAGACAGGUGGCAACACCUGACGUGGAAAAACGAAUCGAAGAAUACAAGCGCGAUAAUCCCGGCAUGUUCAGCUGGGAGAUUCGGGAUAAACUGCUGAAGGACGGUGUGUGUGACAGAAGUACAGUUCCCUCAGGUGAGCCCUCAUCUGUGAGUUCUAUCAGCCGGGUUCUACGUGCGCGGUUUGGCAAAAAAGACGAUGACGACGAUUGUGACAAAAAGGAUGACAUUGGGGAGAAAAAAACUAAGCACAGCAUUGACGGCAUACUGGGAGACAAAGGUCGAAUAGAUGAUGGCUCGGAUGUAGAGUCUGAACCAGACCUACCCUUGAAGAGGAAGCAGAGGCGCAGUCGGACCACCUUCACAGCUGAGCAGCUGGAGGAGCUGGAGAAGGCCUUUGAAAGGACACACUACCCAGACAUCUACACCAGAGAGGAACUAGCUCAGAGAACCAAGCUCACAGAGGCCAGAGUACAGGUUUGGUUCAGCAACCGUCGAGCGAGGUGGCGUAAACAAGCUGGAGCUAAUCAACUGGCGGCAUUUAACCACCUGUUACCUGGAGGGUUUCCACCCACAGGCAUGCCCACUUUACCAUCCUACCAGCUUCCUGAGUCCGCUUAUGCUCAAACAACACUAACACAAGAUGUCAGUGGCACGGUGCAUCGGCCCCAGCCCUUGCCCCCCUCCACCAUGCAUCAGGGUGGGCUCUCGAGCGACAGCAGCUCCACCUACGGCCUCUCGUCCAACCGCCACAGUUUCUCCAGCUACACCGACACCUUCAUGAGCCAAUCAGCGAGCAGUAAUCACAUGAAUCCCGUCAGCAAUGGACUAUCUCCACAGGUGAUGAGCAUCCUCAGCAACCCUAGCGCCAUGGCCUCUCAGCCCCAGCAUGAGUUCUCCAUCUCCCCCCUGCACAGCGGCCUGGAGGCCUCCAACCCCAUCUCAACCAGCUGCAGCCAUCGCUCUGAGCCCAUCAAGACCGCUGACAGCCUGCCCUCCUCCCAGUCCUACUGCCCCCCUACGUACAGCACCACCAGCUACAGCAUGGACCCUGUCACUGCGGGUUACCAGUACAGUCAGUACGGCCAGACUGCGGUGGAUUACCUGGCUAAGAAUGUGAGCUUGUCCACGCAGAGAAGGAUGAAGCUCGGAGAGCACUCGGCUGUGCUCGGACUGCUACAGGUGGAGACGGGACAGGCGUAUUGAUGGAUCUCAAACUGAACAUCCUCCCAUGUGUUUCACCAGCAUCCCUCCAUUCUUUCUGCAGUGCCCACAUAUGGCCCAUCUGACUAGGAGUGAACAAGACCAAGAGAAGUUACAAAAUCAUGGGCAGUCUUCGAUUUUCUACCUAUAGCAGCGUGAAUACAAAAGCCAUUCCACAUAAAAAACAGACACUAUUGUGCUGCAUCUCCAUACUCAUCCCAGUCCUUUCUCUAUUUCACAACAAAGAGACCCUUUCAGGGCUUCAGAAAGAAGCCGAGGGAAAAUGAGCAUCAAUUGUCUGAGCCCAAAUCACUAAAGCUUUGCUCAUCGACAUCCAGUGUUAGCACACAUAGGCUCCAGCUGCAGCCACUUGCCCAUUCCAAACUGUUCGGACCAUGACGUUUACAGAAAAUGAUGGUAUUAUAAUUAUAUUUGUAUGAUAAAUGUGGUUGAUCCUAUUGCUGUUGCAUUUACUUAUUGUAAUUACUCUUUGUUUACAUGUUUCAUUUGAAUUUUUCUCACGUUUAGUUCCUGUUUCUGUUUUAACCACAAGGCCUUGCUUUGUAACAUUGCAUUUCUAAUGGAUUUACAUGACAGUGUGGCAGGUUGUUUGCAAAGCUACAAUGCAUACAAUUUGCUCAUUUAAAUAUUAAAGCUGACAUUCCACAAAACCUGGGCUGGUCAGUGAGGCAUCUGGGUUGGUGGAGGCUUGAUGUUGGGCAAAAGGGUAGUCUGUGACCUGCUCUCUGUGGGUGGAAAGUGUCUUAGGGUUUUUAGUGUUAUUUAUGGUUAUUUUGUCUUAAAAACCUACACUUUUUGUGAAAUAAUAUGACCAAAUGGCAAGUACUUUUUGCAAUGAACACAUACUAAUUCUUCUCUGUGGUCACUAUAAUUACCAUUAUAAUGAGCCCUUGUUGGCAACUGCCAAUUUUAACAUGUUAUGGCUUUUUGAUGUAUUUUCCCAUAUGCUUCUCUGCUCUUCAUGGAAAGUAUAGAUACAGUAUAUAUAUCGAUUUAUCCAAGAACUUAAAAACAAUCAGAUAUCAACCAAUGAAUGGCUGAAGGGUGAUUUGUGAAAUAAUGUUUCAGAAAUUAGGAAGAGGAUGUACUAAAUUGCUUUUUAAAAAAAAUUCAUAACAAAAUUGAUUGAUUUCUGUGGUCACUGUAAAACGAACUGAAGUGAAACUGUAGAAUGGGAAUCUGAUUUUUUUGCUGUUUGUAGAAAGAAGUGGACUUUUACUGGAAGUUAUGCCAUUUUAUAUAAGUAAAAAGUGUGAAGGUCUCUGAAUAAUUGUUUUGAAGAAAAAAAAAUUCUCCAUAAUAUUACAUUGAGAGAUAGAAUAUAUGACCACAUUUAUGGAUUCUGUGUUUACAUUUAAUAUUUGCCACCAUGGUUCCUUAUUCCACCUUUUAUCAGCUGUGUUUUUAACUUCAGAGACUGUGGCUAAGAUGAACUGAAUCUAAACUGUGCUCCAGUGUCACUAUAUGUGCCAUAAAAUGCCAUAUAUUCAGGAAAAUAAAAGAAAUAUGAGCACGUGACCAUGUGCCAACUUAAGAAUGAGGACAUUUCCAUUUUAUCACUUAAAAUAUUUUGUAGAAAAAAAAAAAUGUGAAAAAAAAUUAAUGUGUUGCACUCAUUUCUGCUGCAAGCAUUAAUCUACCUUUGGGAUAUUUGAAGCACUAUCCGACGGGGCGAUACACCUUUCCCAAAUAUCUUCAAACCUCAGUUGAUCUUUAUUCUUUCACUGUUUACCUUUUUUUUUGCGCAUAUGUAAUUUUCUUUGAUAUAUUUCCGUUCAGCAUGUGUGUAUAUUAUCAUGGCAUAAUUUAUUCAGCUGUAUGAAAUACUAGCGUAGUGGGAACUUGUAUUGGCAUUUACUACCUUCAGCCUGUUGGUGUUUUUACUGUAGCGCUGGCAUACUGUUAUGGAUUAAAGCUCAAAAAAGUAAACAAAAAA